UUAGCCACGGAGGGACAGUCGUGGUGCGGGAGGAGCAAGCGGCGUGUUUCCGCUUCCACUAGGGGAGUUGGAAGACGUGGUGGCAUGAGCAGGGAAAUGGAAGCCGAGUUUCGGGAAAUCGAUGAACUCGGGAGUUGGAACGCCAUUUACCAGGAAAUCCGUCAGCAGUCAAGCGAGCUGCCCUGCAAAUUUGCCAAAUUACCUGAAAACAAAACCAGGAAUCGCUACAGAGAUGUGAGCCCCUUCGACCACAGCAGAAUCCGCUUGCAGCUAGGGACGAACGACUACAUCAAUGCCAGCCUGAUCUCGGUGGAGGAGGCGCAAAGAAGCUACAUUCUCACUCAGGGCCCACUGCCGAACACCUGCGGUCACUUCUGGGAGAUGGUCUGGGAGCAGAAGAGCCGCGGGGUGGUCAUGCUGAACCGCGUCAUCGAGAAGGGCUCCGUCAAGUGUGCCCAGUACUGGCCCCCUCCAGAGGAGCGGGAGGCUGUCUUCAAUGACACGAACUUCAAACUGACCUUGAUCUCUGAAGACGUCAAGUCCUACUACACUGUGCGUCAGCUGGAGCUGGAGAAUCUGUCGACUCAGGAAACGAGAGAGAUCCUUCAUUUCCACUACACCACCUGGCCUGAUUUCGGGGUGCCCGAGUCCCCGGCCUCCUUCCUCAACUUCCUCUUCAAGGUGCGGGAGUCGGGGUGCCUGAACUCGGACCAGGGCCCCGUGGUGGUGCACUGCAGCGCGGGAAUCGGGCGCUCCGGAACCUUCUGCCUCGUAGACACCUGCCUCCUAUUGAUGUCCAAACGCAAGGACCCCUCGUCUGUCCGCAUCCGGAACGUCCUGCUGGAGAUGCGGGAGUACCGCAUGGGCCUCAUCCAGACUGCAGACCAGCUCCGUUUCUCCUACCUCGCUGUCAUAGAAGGGGCCAAAUGCAUCAUGGGAGACAAAUCGGUGCAGGAAUCGUGGAAGGAGCUUUCAAAUGAGGAGGACAUUCCUCCGGAGUUCACGCCCCCUCCCCCGCGGCCCGUCAAAGACCCCCACAACGGCACAGACAAGACCCGAACGUUCUUCCCAGGGGGAGACGUAGCCGAGGAGGUCAUCGAGCGGUCGCACAACGACAUCCCCACUCACAGCUUGCCGCCGGAGCCCGGACUGCGGAGGAGGGCCGUGGGCGACAGCGCGGCCGCCCAUACGGAUCAGUCGGACGGGCCGGCCGCGCACAAGGACCAGAGAGGCGGGGGCCAGAUGAACGCCCAGCAGCAGCCCGAGGCGGAGGGGCGGGCGGAGGAGGCGGUGGAGGAGGGCGAGAAAGCACACGGGACGUGGACGCCCCUGCUGGCCAACAUGUGCCUGUGCACCGUCCUGGCUCUGGGAGCUUACAUCUGUUACCGAGCCUGUUUCCACUGAUCUCUGUCUCUCUCUGUCUCUGUCUGUCUCUCUCUCUCUCUCUCUCUCUCUCUCUCUCUGUCUCUCUCUCUCUCUGUCUCUCUCUCUCUGUUAUUCGCGCAUAACCAAGGCCAGCCGGCCCGCCCACUUUGCCUGCCUGGAGCUCCGCCUCCGGCAUGUGCAAGAGCUGGAACUGAGAGAGGCGCGGACUGGUGCUCAACUCCUUUUUUUUCUGUUUUUUGUUUCUUUUUUGUUUGGUUUUGUUUUUUCAAAUGCAACCUGGGGGAGAGUGGGGUUUAAGGGGAGGGCUCUUCCCCGCUGGCAUCUUCCCCCAAGUUCCACGUACUGUCCGUUCUUAGCUCAGGGCCACAAUUAUCAGGUGUCACAUCCCUACAAUAAAACACGCGUUUAUCAAACAACAUUUUCUCCAUCGCUUAAGGGGAACUGUGUGUGUGUGUGUGUGUGUGUAUGUAUGUGUCUAUAUAAAAUGUGUAUGUG